AUGUACGGCUUCAACGCCGAUGCUUGCGAAGACAAUGCCAGCAUUGGUUACCACAUGGCGGUGAUGGAGAAGGAAGCUGCGAAAGUGACCCUUGAUCUGGACCUUAUAAAGGACCGGACGAAAAUGACAUUUAAUACGCUACCUACGUUGAUAACCCAAGGGGCUGGCGUGGGAGCUGUUCUGGACGAAUUCCAAGCGGUCAAGAUUGCCGGAAUGGGACCCAUUCAACGGAUAGCCUCUGCCGUCGUCAUCGGGUGUCUGGUCCUGUUCGCUCUACACUCUGGUCGGGUCCACCCCAAUUAUCGUUAUGGCGGCGACAUCGUAUUGCUUGAGACAACUGACCCAAGAAAGAGCCAGCCACGGAACAUCUUCUUUCUGGAGACGAGCGGACGAGGCAACCUGGCCGGGAGGAUGUCCUGCGCGGUCGAGUCUGCGGCGUUGCACCACACGGAGUGGACAGUCAGCCUUCUGACCGCAGAGAACUCGGAGAAGCCGCGAAGUCCCAGCCCCUUUUUUGACCUGCUCAGAGGAAUAACCAACGUGAACAUCCGUAGAAUCAAACCAUCUGAAGUUUUAGAAGGGACACCGCUCAGUUCUUGGAAUUUCUCGGUCGCCAUGCGUUCGAGUCCUUACCGUGCGGUUCAUCUGGCCGACGUUCUGCGACUGGCGGUGGUCUACAAGUACGGAGGCGUCUAUCUGGACCUGGAUACAGUACUGCUGCGGUCGCUGGAAGACCUCCACAACUGUGUCUCUCAGACGCCGACGCAUGAACAAGACAUGACCUCAAAUGCGUUCCUAAUUUUCGACCGCCAUCACCCUUUCCUCGAGGACUGCAUGCGCCUGGUGCCUCCAAGGUACAAGCCACAGCAAUGGGCGUCCAUUGGUCCGACUGUGCUCAAGAAAGCCAUCUUGUCUCGAUGCAAGGCGAAGAGCAUUCGAGAAGUCGUCCUCAACGGUUCCUGCCAUGGAGUGCGAGUACUUCCUUUUAGCCUCUUCCUUCCGAUCUACUACAAGGAGUGGAAGGACUUCUUUGAUCCUAGCAAGAGUGCCCAUGUUUGGCGCGCAUCAAAAGACAGUUACGUCAUGCAUGUUUACAGCGCCCUGAGCUCGGAGACACCGGCGCCCUCGGGUUGCGCUUACGCGCAAGCGGCCCAAAAGUAUUGUCCGCUCAGCUGGAAUUAUUCCAUCUCGACACUAGGGUUUUUCUAG